AUGAAUUUCCUGCGAAGGCGCCUCUCAGAUAGUAGUUUUGUGGCCAACUUGCCAAAUGGUUACAUGAUGGACCUUCAGCGUCCCGAUAAUUCCACCAGCAAUCCUGUUUCCCCAGCAACAGAGAGGAGGCAGCAGCCUGUACAGCAACCUGCUUCUGUUUCUUCUGGUACCAGCAUCUUUAGUUCCAUCUCCAGUGCCAUGAAGCAGACCACACAAGCAGCUGCGGGGCUCAUGGAGCACACAGCAAGCCCUACCCCUGUAGUCCAGCAGAAACCCCAAAUCCUCUUGGUAAUUGACGAUCCGCACACUGAUUGGUAAGUACCCAUACUUUCUUACAGAGGUAGACAACACAAUGAAUUCCAGAUAUUUGUUAGACUACAACUUCCAUCAUCCAUGAGCACUGGCCAUGGUGGCUGGAGCUGAUGAGAUUUGGGUUUUAUUACUGUCAGGUGGUAUAUAAAUGUUGUUAAAUAAAAUAGGAUUGAUUUCCCUUCUUUUUCUGUAACGGGGGUGGGGUCCAAUACCACCUGCUGUUUUCUGUACUAACCUGCUUCUGUCUGAAUUUUAUGCCUUCUGUAAUGGCAACAGAGGAACGCUAGAUGUCAGAAUCUCAUCACUGCUUCUCCUGAGGAACUCCAGAUAGAGCUGUACAAUUCAUGUAUUAUAGAAAUAUGACACUAUAGUGUUCAGGAUUCUGACUGGGGUUGGCAAUGGUUGGAAGUAAUUAGAGUACAGGGUGUAUUUAGUGAUUCAGUAUUGCAAAUUAAAACCUAAACUCACUUUUUCUCUCUUUAUGGACCUCCGUGCCUGUUGCCACCCAUGCAGAUCUAGUUCCACAGUCUUCAUCAGCCACAAGCAAGAAGCCAUUGGCAUUCCUGCUUGUGACUUUUAGUCCUGGAGGAAACUAAAGAAUGGAAUGCCCCCCAUCUCUGGCUCCACUGUUUUUUCUAGAGUAAACAUUUCAUUCACAGCUUUUCUUCAUGGUUGAUAGUCUUCCCAGAACAUGCAAACAUUCACAUAUUUCAAUAGCUUGUUGCAUCCAGACCAGAAGUUUUUUCAACCUGUAUCUGACAGCACAGAAAGAGUGAUGUCAGAACCACAUGUCUGGACCUGUCAAUGUUCAGAGUUCCACUUCCUGGGGACACCCCCCCAAAAAAGCUUUAUUUAAAUAACAAGAUAUAAAGAGCCUUGGCUCCAGAUAUGGAUAUGCUGCAAAGGGCUUUAUUCCAAAAGUUGUGCACAUGUACCUGGUUCUGCCUGUGCACCAGUCAAAUGCUCAGCUUUUAAUAAUCUAGGGUACAGUUCAUUCCCCCCCCCCAAGAGGGAUACACCAGGCAAUCAAAGCUAGUCAAGAUCGAAGUGACAACCAUGAAACUGAAUCUAUGCAUCCAGGGCCCAGUCCUUCAACAGGAGCUACACAUGCAUCUCCAGGGGUCAUUAUGAUGACCGAGUCUUGUGUAGUAUAUUCACAACAACCUGCUAGCCAUGUGGUUGGUUCAGAAAUGAAUCAGCAGGAAGCAUGAGCAGAUGAGCUUCUUUGCACAUGUAAGUCAUAUGCUCAAACUUUUAUCGGGUCAGAACAUCUGUGAUUGGACUGGAGGACAAUAGUCUUGAACUGUACAACUUUCCAGCCAUUUCCCCAUGCUUCUUUUGUAUAAUCAACGGAGCUGGAAGGCUCAUCUAGUCCAACCCCCUGCUGAAGCCUACUACUUAUAGCAUCCAAUACUACUGCAACAUCCCCAUCAUCAGAGCAUUUAAAUGCAUCCUCAAUAUGUGUGCCAUUGCACCCCUUUUCUCAGCCAUAUAACAACAAACUAGAUUUCAGGCUUUUUUGUAAUCCCAUGCAACUAAUUGCAAAUGCCAGGAGAUUUCACAACUACCCCUGGGUGCACAUGUGUCCUCGGAAGUGAUGUGAUUGGUGCUUUAGUUCCAAGGCAGUUUGUGCUAGGUGCCUGGUUGGAAAUAGAUUUGUGGCAGGGAGCUUGUGGCACUCCUUAAAUAAAGAAUAACCUAAUUUUAGGAGCUCUGUGGAGUGCUUGGCUCAGGAAGAGGGAUGCACCAUGUGCCAGAAAGAUGGGGACUUGGCUUGUGUGUAUGUGUGUGCUUCUGCUUGUUUAGGUAGAAUUUUGGGGAAGAUCCUUUUCUGCUUGUGACAGAAAGAAGAGGAUGUUUGUUCAUAAUGUAGUGCGUACAGUCCGAGUGCACUUUUGGGUGACAGGUGGGGCAGCCUAGCCAGAUUGUUCAUUUAGUCUUCUCUUCCUGCUUGUCAAAACAAAGUAGUUUAACUACCUAGAAGGCUGGUGUAUCUAGCUGAUACUGCAGAAAAUUCCUUGCUUUUCUCCCUCGGGGAUGUGCAUUUUUGAAAACUGUUUAACUUCCCAAGGACACCUGUGGAAAUGCAGAGUCCACAAACAUGGGAAAGGAUUGGCUGGUGGGUGGAGAGAAGACUAUAGCAGUGUAUUUAUUCACAGUAUGAGGACAUGAGGAAACGGAGUGGCAGAACUCCAUGUUACUGUAAGCCAGCCAAAUCUGAACACAUGACCUCAUCCAGGAGGAAAACGUCCCACCUCUGGCAACUUCCUUGCCCAAAUCACUUCUAAGUAAAAUCAUGCUCUUGCUGGAGUGAAUUUCUCAAAUACAAAGUAGGGCUAUAUAUUGUUAACCCUUUCAGCAGCAAUAAAAGGCUGUGCUCCUUCAGUUUUGGGAGAGAGAGAGAGAGAGAGAGAGAGAGAGAGAGAGAGCUGUCUCUAUUGAUAUCACAUUUUCAGACACAACAUAUUACAGAAAAUAAAUAUUUUGCAUGCAUUGAUCAGUUACUCCACCAAUCUUCAAAACAAAAGCAGUGUUUUGUCUAAAUGAUGUUCAGAUUAUUCCACAGUUACCAGCUGACUUGCUUAAUAUUCCUCCACAACAUAAUCGUUUUCAAAUCAAAAGGUUAAAAUAAGUGGGACUAAAAAGUGCUUAACUUUGGCUGGAUCAUUCCCUCAGUUUAUAUUUUAUAAUGUGGUUCCAGUGUGAGGUGCAACAAUACUUUCUGCAUGGUGGCCUGGUUUUCAUGGAACACUAAAUCAAACUAUAGUUUUGCAUGAAUGAGCAAGUGUGUUGGUAUACAGUGAAAAAUCACAGCUGCUUCACUGUUCCCCAACUCCUGAUGGUGCCAUGCUAUCAGAAGGUAAGCCACCUUGGGCAAAACAUUUGAAAUCUCCCUUAAGUUACUUUUAAUAGUUAAAAUCAGAAAAUAGAAACACUGAAAUAAGUAUUGCAAAAUUCCUGUGGGUAAGGUAGGGGUGUUUAUGCAUCCUUAGGUUGCCUCUGAAUUCCAGUGAAACCAAAAUUCAAGGCAAAUUUGGAGAUUCUUGCUUAGGUGUAACACCUAAAAAAGAAUUUCAAAUAAAGGGGCUGGGUGGGAAGGAGAGAGGAUCUUCAAGCCCUAUUGUGAUGAAGAAUACAAAUGCCGCCGCCCCUCAUUAGUUUUGGAAGAUUGCUAAAGGGUUAACAGCUACACAUCCCACAUAUCCACAUUUUGAUUGUUUUAAACAGAGGAGAGAGAAAACAUGCAAACAAAAUACAUUUCCUUCCCAUAAUAGUUACGUGCAAAUUAGACUGCGCAGAGAUGCAAAAAGAUCAUGCAACGCUAGGAAAUUGAAGAAUAAUAUGGCAGGUGAAAUUUACUAAUUGUACACUAAUAUCUGUGAUACAUGUUGGGGGAAUCCUGAGUUAUACCACAUUAUUACAUGAUGCCUUGGAAUCCUUGUAAAUACUUAAUGUAUACCAGUGUUCUGACCCACAAGAUUCCAGCAGCAGCAACUCUUUCUGGACCUCCUUUGAAAUAGUCAACAGGAUGACUUGGUUCUCUUGCCAUUUUUCAUACAUAGUGGAUUUGAGCUUCUUUUAUACUAUUAGCAUCACUUACAAAUAAUGUUAACAUGGGGGAGAAUUCAGAAGUGAAAUUCAAUGUAUGCUGUGGCUGGCCAGGUUUUAUAAGCACGUCAGGAGCAGAUUUAAAAUAAAGCCAAUUUAAGCCCCAUGUGUGAAAUGCCCUUAGUAGCUCAUGCUCCCUUAUUACAACAUAAAUAAAAACAAACUGGCUGCAAUCCUGCACAGAGUGAGCUGUAUGCAGGAUUACAGCAAAUGACAGCUGCACAGGGGGGUUGGGUAUGAAUGAAAACCCUGGACGUCAUCCAAUUGUGGCAGAGAGUUCAGGUAAGGCUGUCAAAGCGACAUGAUAAAUAACACUUCUCACAUAACUGUGUAGUGUUUCACAGGUCUGCUGCUGCCACUUGUAUUUAUAUUUUUGUAGUGUAUACUUAAAGCACCUUGGGGAUCCAGUCCUCCUGGCAGAAAGGUGACCAAGAAAUUUGAAGGAUUAGCAUUGAUGCAAAAAUAGACAUAAGGGGUCUGGAAAAUAUUCCCUCCUAGGUUAUAAAUACAGUCAUGCGAGUCAAAUUUGGUAGCCUUAAUUACUUUAGCAGAGUCUCCUUAAAUGUACUGUGUUUAACCCUAUAGAUUCUUGUUUGGAAUGGCCCAGUGACAUACUUUCCAACUUUUGACAGAUGAAAAUAGAUACACUCAUUUUACACUAAGCAAGCAAUUGGGGUUUUUUUAUUUCGUACAUUAAUAUUCCUUAUGUAUAUCAUGGAACCCAAGUCAGUGUACUGUACAUGGGGUUUGCAGGUGGUCUCCUUUCCAAGCACUGACCAGUUCCAGACCCAUUUAGGUUCAGCGAAGGGGCUUUAUCUUGUGCCUUCAGCAGACAAUGCCUAGAUUCAUAGUGUAUUAUUAAGCAAAGUGGCAGAUGUUCUGCCCCAAGAAUUCUAAAAUACUAUCUUCGAAAACAGAAUUGGAUCCAGACGUAGGCAUGUUCACAGUAAGCCCACUGACAUGUGCCACUGAUAUUGCUGGGUCUACUCUAAAUCUGAGUUUCUUACAGUCUUACAACCCAUUUAAAUGUUGAUACUACAAAUCAGCUCAUUUGUUAUUCUAUCAUACAACAAAUCUUACUUCCUAAAUCCAAAAACGAACAUUUGCAAAACACACCACAAAGUAGCAAAAUUGUAAGAACAAUACCAAAUAAAGACAUGAGUAUUAAAUCGAGCAAAUAGGUCCCUGGGGGUAGAUGUGGAGUUGGUUUCCAUUAGUUAUAAAUUUAGUAUGCUUCAACUUUUACACAGCUGGUGUGAUCAGGAAUUCGAGUUUAACACCAUUAUGUUUUUAAAUAUCUUUAGGACAUAUAUUCAGGAGCACUUAAAUAUGGAUUAGUUGUACAUUAACUCUUCUAACCACAAUGGCAGCCUUGUUCAGAGAAUCCAUCUCCAUGUAGUUAACAUCACAUGACUUGAUAGCAGGGCUGUGCUCAACAUGCCCCACACCACAAUAUGGUGCUAUUGCACUCAGGUCCCGCAUGCAGGUUUCCCAUUAGGGCAGGGGUGGGAAACCUCAGGCCCAGGGGCCAAAUGUGAACCCCAGACCUUUCUUUCUACUCCUUGGCACUCGUGCCAAUUCACACCCCUCAUUGCCCCAAUUUGUAUCCCAAAUGGAGGUUUUUUCCUGGCUGGAGUGGUUGCCUAGCUGGAGGACCAAGAUGGAUGGAUGGGUGUGUGUGUGUGUGUGUGUGUGUGUGUGUGUGUGUGUGUGUGUGUGUUGAAACCAACCUGCUGUAGAAAGGUGAAUUGAACCUUCACUGUACUGUUUUUGGUGCCUGCUAAAAACAUUUUUGUUUAACAAGCCUAUCCAGACAUGUAAAGCGGAUAUGUAUUUUGACUUGCAAUUUUAUUUUAUAAUGUGUAUUUUAACUGCAGAUUUCAUUUAUGUAUUUAUUUAUAUGAAUAACAAAAAAAAUCAAAUUUUAGUGUAUAGUUUCUCCCCCUUACACAUUCCUGCAACUAAGCAGUUAUACAAAUUCUGAUAUAUGAACAAAUAAAAUGUCCUCAUGGAAGUGGCAGAGAUUAGGAAUGAGCAUAGGGAGGGUAAAUUUAACAUAUAAGCAGGACCAGGAGUGCAUUCUCUUCCAACUACGAGAGUGAUGGCUGGUGUUUGCUCCAGACUCUUUGCCUGUUGUUUAAAAGACCAAGGUGGUAUCCUGGGUGUAUAUGCCUGUUUGUGAGAGAUGGGAAGCAUAAAAUGAUGUCAAAAUGAAACCAAACACUUAAGAUAAAACAUUAUUGAGAAGAUCAAUUGCCUAUGGUUCUGCCUUUCUCUUGAACCACCAGAAAGGUAUAGUUAUAGAAGCCAAAAUGGCGUUGGCCUGCUUCUGACAGGCCAGAAAUGUGACAAUGGUUCAUAGGUGACUGGAGAAAAGUCUGUGAUUACUUAAAGCAAGGAGAGCCAAUGUUGUGCCCUUCAGGUGUUGUUAGACUCCCGUCAUCCCUGACCAUUUGGGAAUGCUGGCUUGGACUGCACUGUGCUGACUACCCUGAUUAACACCUGUUGACUGCACCAACCAUCUGGAAGACACCAUGUUGGGUACCACAGGCUUAAAGGAAGGCUGGCUCAAAGGAAGGCUGAAUAUCUCAUAAUUAAGUGUUUGCAGUUGCAGAUGGCAUAGCUCCAGGAAAUGAGCUGCUUUAGCUGUGGCAGUGCACAGCAUUCUGUGCACCCUUUACAACUAAAGUGGAUUUAUAGGACUGAACACCUGCUAAAAUGGUUCGUGGAUGUCAGCCAUAAUGAGAAAACAGGUACAGUUGUAGAGGAAACACGGCAAGGUUUGCUGGGACCCGUGAGUGAACCUGGGCUGACCGUCAGGAAACAUGGCCUGAUUUAUGGAUCUCAUGUGGCUUUCAAGUUAACCUGUUCCCAAAGUUCAUAUGGAUGGUUUCCAUUGAAAACAAGCCUGUAAUAAGCAUUUCCAUGCUGUUGCAACAAACGGAUACCCUCUUGCGUGUAUCUCUGGCAUGCUGUCUGGCCUUAGUAACAGGGGACAGGCCAACAAUGCACUAAUUUGAAUAAUGUGUAAAGCAAAAUUGUUGCUGCAUGUUAUACAAAAGCCCUUAAGGAGCAUCUGGGAGAGUGGCAGCCAACAUUUUGUGGCUGGAAGGAAUAUGGCUCUGCAGAAGGGUGGAGGGGGGGGGGGAGCAGGGUGGGUAGACCCAAGAGGUCAGGCCCUGGAAAAAUACAGAGGAAAAAGAUCAAUUGUAAUACUAGUUUAUUUACUGAUAUGCUUCCUCUUCAGGAAUCAUUAUUAUCUUUGGCGGUCCCUCUUGAAACAGGAUAGAUAACUACAAACAUGUUUCCCCUCCACAGAAAGAAUUCUUACAGCCGAAAACAAUCAGCCCCAAGCACAGAUAUUGUAAAUGCAUGCUGCCUUUUUUAUGCCCAUCCAUUUACAGAGAAUCAAUUUCAAAAAAUCACUUUGUGAUUGCAAAAUAUGACAUGGACUUACUCGUGCUUAGAGACCCAUUGAAAUAACAGCUAACUUAAGUCCCAGCUAACUACAUGUCCACAGGACCCCUGUAAGCCUGACUGCAGUCCUAACCUCACAUAUCUGGAAGUUAGCCCCAUUGAAUUCUAUGUAGGGAUGUGGGGGAAUCGAUUCAGUUUGCAAAUAACAUACAGCAAUGGAUUAGAUUAGGAGGAAAGAUUUGCAAAAAUAGGUUUAUUAGGUUUAUUAGUCAAAACUGCAUACAAAAUACAUUUUACUAGGAGAAAGUUGCAUUUUCAUGAGGAUUGUUUUUUAGUCAACUUUUUGCAGAAAGGUGAAUUUCUGAAUUUAAGAUUGAGACAAUGAGAAACUUGGAGAACAGAUACUGACAGAUUUGAUGCAGGUGGCGCUGUGUUCUAAACCACUUAGCCUCUUGGCCUUGCUGAUCAGAAGGUCGGCGGUUUGAAUCCCCGCGACGGGGUGAGCUCCCAUUGCUUAGUCCCAGCUCCUGCCAACCUAGCAGUUCAAAAGCACGCCAGAAAGUGCAAGUAGAUAAAUAGGUACCGCUCUGGCAGGAAGGUAAACGGCGUUUCCGUGUGCUGCUCUGAUUUUGGUGUUCCGUUGCGCCAGAAACGGCUUAGUCAUGCUGGUCACAUGACCCGGAAAAACUGUCUGUGGACAAACGCCGGCUCCCUUGGCCUGUAAAGCGAGAUGAGCGCUGCAACUCCAAAGUCGUCUGCAACUGGACUUAACUCUCAGGGGUCCUUCACCACCUUCUUCUUCCUCUUCUUCUUUUUACUUCUGAAUAGACAUUAUUUAGGAUUGUACUUUAGUCUGGACCCACCACUAUGUCUGAACUGGCUCCAAAGUUGAGGCUCACAUUUUAAAACAUCAAGGGAAAAAACAGCAGCACAAAAAAGCAAUCAAAAGCAUCAUUUAUAUCUAUUUAACACACUCUCUCUCUCGUUUUCUCCAUAGGUCUAAAUAUUUUCAAGGGAAGAAGGUGAAUGGGGAAUUUGAAAUCCGAGUGGAACAGGUUAGUGGACAACAAAAAUCUGUCAAAAAUUGGCUCAGGCUCGCAGCUCAGUACUUGUUUUGCAGGUGCCUGAGCAUUUCAGCUAGGAGGCAGUUGAAAUUAAGGAAGCAUUUUGAGCUGGCUUACAUCAGAUUUAAUUUGGUUUUCUGUUAUGGUAGUUUAUUCAUCAAGGCCUGGAGUGUUUUUCCAGGUGCUUGCUGAAUCACGCUGCAGAUUUUCAUACUUUGCUUGCUAUAGGUGAAAACAUGGCCUUUCUGAGGGGAAAAGGCUGCUGCUGUUUAAGUUUUUUUUAAAAAAGCAAAAAUAGUAGAAUAUUUUAGAAGAAAACGUCUGAACAAUUUAACACUUCUGCAAACAACAUCACUUCCCACCUGUUUUCUUGUCAGACUGCAUUAAGUAUGGAUGCAAGUAUGCAAAGGUGCAUCCACAGACACCUUCUCAAGACACCCCAUAACAAUUCUGAAAUGUAUUAACAUGUUUGCCUUCUUAAUUCUUAUAACAUCUCAGUUCCCCCUUGGCGCAUUCUAAUUUUCUAUUAUGGCCUGCUUUGUGCGGAAGGCACAGAAGGACGAAUAGUGUUUCCCCCCUGCAAGUUAUUGGCUUUGGAAAAGAAGGCCUUCAGCACUGGUUCUUCUUUUCCAUCACCUUCUGUAUAAGCUCUCACACCACACACACACCAUGGCUAGCUUUUGAUCUGUUGCUUCUGCUUCUUUCCUGACACGCCAGAUUUCACACUUGGCGUGAAAAAAGGUCAGGCUUUCUUUUGGGUUAUCUGCUUGGAAAAUAUACAAUUUCUUCCUGGCUCCUUUUUUUAUCUCCUAAACUCCCAGCAGUUUUCCAAAUGGUAUAAACCAUUCGCCACCACACUUUAGUAGACCUUGUUUAUUUGCAGGUUGCAACACAACAGCACAUAACUUGAGGACUGUGUCAUUCCCCUAUCACUAUGUGACCCUCUGCAUCCCCCACUCCCAAAUCUUCCCAUUUCCUUGAUUUCUUGGAAAGGUUUCUAGGCAAGUAGGCAUGAGCCCGAUUCCCCUAAUUUACAAAUCAGCUGGUGCUUUCAGUACAGAGAAACCAGAUGUGUGUAAGUAUGGUUUUGUGAUUUUAGUGCCAGUCAUCAUCUGUGUGCCUCGGAGGAGGCAGAGUCCAAUAGAUCCUCCAAAUGUUGUUGGGCUUCAGCUUCCAUCAGCACUAGCCAGUACAACCAAUGGUAAAGGAUUAUGGGAGUUGUAGUCCACCAACAUCUGCAACACCACUGAUUCCUCAUCUCUGAUUCAGAUCAAACACUUGGAUAAAAAUAUAAUAAACAACAAUUGCUUCAGCCCAGUUCCCUCACCUGCUUACAUUCUCACCAAUAGCAAAUAACAAUGUAAAGACACUUUCCUGACUAAAUCUACUUGAAUGUCCCAAAUAGGCAUUUAAGUCCAAGUCAGAUGAUGUCCUCUUGGGAUUUGGUCCUGACCACUCUUAAAUACACCUUUAUUUACAAUUACAGUAAUCCUAACCCAGGGUUAUAAAUCAUGUUUCAUUAAUGUUGUACCAUAAACAGUUUACAUUUGCCAAACAAAUCACUACUAAUUAAAUAUGCUGCUACCUGGUAGAAAUCUUGUUAAGACAAACAUUCUGUUUGAAAGUGAAAUCCAGGAAUAGGCCAGUUUUAUUUCAUGUGUUUUCUGCUGUUAUCAAAUAAUCUCAUUUAUUUUUAUUUUUCCACUCUAGGCAGAGUUUUCAGAACUGAACUUGGCUUCAUAUGUAGGCACUGGCUGUAUGGUGGACAUGCAAGUCAUACGGAAUGGCACCAAAGUGGUCAGGUGAUUGAAAUUAACUUUCCCCCCCUUAAAAUUAAUCUCAAUCUUGUUGCUGUUUUGAAAAACCAAUCUGGGUGGGAUUCACCUAAUAAACCACAUCAGUGGAAGCCCUGCACAAGGACCUGUGCUUGUGCAACAGAGCUUCCCCAGUCCCUCUGCACACCUUCCAUGACCCAUGGAGCAUUUAUAAUAGUCCAACACUGAAUUCCACCCUCUGUGUUUCUUCCUACUAUCUGGGAUGGAUAAUUAUGAGCAACCUGUUAUGGGCUGACCAGCCUGAUGGAAUGUGAAGUUUAUUCAAAGUCAGGACUGCAGGAAAGCAAGGGCUGAUUUGGUUUGUGUAUUUGUUAAUUGAUGAAAGGGAUUCUUUUGGAAGCAGUUUUUCAUAGUAAUCUGGAUCUUGGAAAAGCGGAGCAGUGUUACUUUGGAGUGUGUCCAUAUUGCUAGAAAUUCUAUCCACAAAUAUCCAAAAUGCAUUGCCAUCUUACCUUAGCCCACCCCAUUCUUAUUCCCUGGGUCAAAAAAAUGUAGAAGUACAUUUGUAUGUAUAAACUUAUAAAAUGUAUAAGUGGAUUGUCCCUUGCAUUUUAUGGCCAUUCCUUUUGUGAACCAGUAUUUUAAAAGGAUUCUUGCAAAAUGUAACCACUUCAACGCUAUAUGAUCUCAAGUGCCUGCUUUAAGAAAGCAUGUGUUUCAGUUGUGGAUCACAUGCAAAAGUCUCAGGUUCAAACCCUGAUAUUUCCAGGUAGGGCUUUUGCACCUCUCUGAAACCAUGACUGCCAGGCCAGUCACUGUAAGCAGUACUGAGCAAGAUUGACUGCUGGUCCAACUUGGUAUCAAGUUUCAGUCUCUGUGAUUCUAGCAGGAUAACAAUUAAGUUUUAUUUAUUUUUAUACAACACAAAAUGCAAAUACAAGCAUCUCUAUGUGAGCAAACUCCCUGGGAAUGUGCAGGGGAAGAAGAGGCUGUGGGUGUUGAUGGGGAGUUGGGACCAUGAAUGAUGUUCACAAGACACAAUUCUAUUCAAAUUACAGGAGUCUACACCACAAUUUUGAUUAGCAUGAAAGCAAUUUCCUCAGGGUUGUGCCUGCUUUUCACAGGCAUGCAUUGUAAUGCAACCAGAAUGGGAAAAACAUAGCAAAGGAAAAGUACAUAUGGAUGGAUUUUUGUGUUACAGUACAUCCAGGGACACAGAGCAACUAUUCUUUUUCUGAGACACAAAAACUUAUUGAUGUCUGGGUGUGCACAGCAAUGGUAGCUGCUGAACUCAUUUAAUUUUUUUCAGUCUGUUCAUUUUGGAUACAGUUGUCUUUUUUCUUGUCUGAAUUCCUAGACCCUUAGCUGAGAGGGGGGUGGGUUAGAAUUUGUACUUAGAAUUUGUACUCAACUCAUCCUUUACAUUUCUUCUUCUUCUUCUUCCUCCUCCUCUUCUUCUUCUUCUUCUUCUUCUUCUUCUUCUUCUUCUUCUUCUUCUUCUCCUCCUCCUCCUCCUCCUCCUCCUCCUCCUCACCCUCCUCCUCCUCCUCUUCCUCUUCCUCUUCCUCUUCUUAAAAUUUGUAUACCACCUUUCAUCCGUAGAUCUCAGGGUGCCUCAUAACAUAAAAAUACAAGAUAAAAACACAAAAUUCAUAAUAAAAACAAGAACAAAAAACCCACAAACCAAUAACCUCCCACUUCACAUCUCCUUGUGCCCUCUGGGGUUAUUUUAUUUUCUCUGUCCUGAACAAGUGAUAAACCUCCUCACAGCAAUUACAAGGGGCUGUAUACAACUUUCUCUGUCUGACAGCACAUGGGUAUGUGUGAUGUGUUUGUUGUGGAGCGUAGCAGCCCAGUCCAGAAUCCAAAAUUUAACCCAGUUCAGACCCAUCGGACUCACUGAGGUAGGAAAAGUUGAACUCCAAUUACUUCACCUUAGUAGUGUUGUGGAUCUGGCUGUUAAUGAGCACGUAGGUGUGCUCAGGAUGACAUUCUUGCAUAUGUGGCCCAAGGCAUGUGUUUUGACAUAUAUCUGCUCUGACAUACUGCUGCAAACACUCAGCAUUUGUUCAACACAUGUGCCAGUUUGGCCCUUGGGAAACGCAGCACGACCGUCUUGUGUUACCACCCUUGGAGUAAUUUAGAAGAUACUGGGUGGGGGAGUGAAAAGAGAUUCACACGCUUUUCAGUGUCAGCAUGAAAGCAUGCUUUUAAUGGGUCUGUUGGAAAAGAUCCCUAAUUUAUCCUCCUCUAUAACUUCAUUCAGAAAAAAAAGAAAGCAUUCCCAUAGCCUUCAAAUUAAUCUGUGUGGAGGCAGGAAACAGAUUUCCGUCCAGUGUUCCAGACUGAACUCCUACCUCUCAUUGUCCAGAGACCUAGGCAAGUCAAGAGCAGGCAGGCAUCUAUCAUACCUUACAUAAUAUUCAUCGUAACAUAUAACUCUCUUGGGGGCCCCAAAAAAAUUUAAAGGGGAAAAAAACUGGAUGUACAUUUCCAAAAUAUAAGCUAAAAAACAAAUAAAAUAAAAUAAACAAAUAAAAUAAAACCUACAUACAGCAACAGUGUUUUGUGUUGUGUAUGCUCCUAUGAUGUAAGUAAUGGGCCCUGCCUGCUAGCCCGCUCCCUAAAAUAUCACUAGUUUGCUUAUUUGCUCAUAAAUUACCAUAUAGCAUAUAUUCAACACAAAAAAGAGUUGUUGUUGACAAUGGACAGCUGAACAUAUAAAGGGCCCCAUUACCUUCAGUAGCUUAGGGCCUCAUCAAACCUAAAUCCGGCUCUGAGUAUGAGGAUUUGAUAAAGUUCUGUUGGUGAUCUCUUGGUUAAUUUAUUCCUUGCACUACAGUGAGUUAACCUGUGUUUAUAGAUUAGCAGCUGACUUCCGUACCAUUUUAGCUAAAUCUCUGCUGCGGUGGGGACCAUUUAGUAUAAUGCAUUUAGUAUGAUAAAGCCCAGAUAUACCAGAAUGGCUAUUCCACAAUGAUUGAUCUAGAGAACCACCUAUGGGGCUCUAUAGUCUUUUUCAAUCAGGGUACAGAUAAUGGGAACCAAGAUACAGAUCAAACACAAGAGUAGUAGUCACUGUAUAUCAAUAUAUCUUAGUGGUAGCUUAGUGUAGAAGGUCCCAGGUUCAAUCCUUGGCAUCUCCAGGUAGGGUUGGGAUAGACCUCCACCUGAAACCUUGAGAACUACUGUCCAUCAGUGUAAAUAAUGCUGAGCAAGAUGGACCAGUGGCCUGGCUUGGUAUAAAGAACCAAGUUUUCCUUCCUGAUCAAGAGGAGAUAACAAAAGCUGAGAGGGCAAUGAGUCAAGCCCUGGAGAAGAGCAAAUCCCCUAAAGGGAUUGUUAGUGCCAGGAGGGAGUGGUUUAAUGCUGUGGUCUCUGUUUGUAUUUCAAUGCUUUUGUAUAAAUGCAUUCAUUCUUACCAUGGUGGUUGGCUAAAAUUCCCCUGUCAGAACUAUGGAGAGGUCAAGGGUUGUUCUGUUUCCUUGGUAUAAAUCUAUUCAUCCUUUAAUUAAAAGUGACUUUCCUAUCGAUUCUGGUUGGCCAGUCCUAGUGUGUAAUGUUGACACAGUUGUGACCUGUUGCACAGGAAUUCCAGAUUGUCUGUGGCCUGAAUAUACACGGCCUUAUGACAACUUCAUGAUGUUUAAAAAAAUUAUUUAUUGCCAGGCUUGCUACCACACCUUCCUGCCAAGAAAAUGUACUCAUGGCAGCUCACAAGAUUAUUAGAAUGAUAAGACAAGCAAAUGCAACAGUAAUACAUAAAUAGUGGUAGUUAAAACAAUUCUUGAAACAGUCCACAUUAAUAAAAUACACGGAAUAAAACUGUAUUCACUGCCUUCUCUUACUUGGCAUGCUGGGGAAACCUGCUAUAUUAAAGGAAGUUACCUUCCUUUUUCAUGUGUCUAUAUUUCCAACAGGGUUGUGUAUAAAAACAGAAAACAAAUCCACAUUUUGCACCGUGUUAGCCCAGAUUGUAUUACUCUGUACUGAAACACACUAUAGAGCUUUUGCGAUGGAAGUGACUGAAAAAGAGAGGGGAGGAGCAGAAGACAUUCUCUGGCUGCCAUUGGCUGAACUGCUGAUAAUAUCCUAGGAGGAGCAGAGCAAAUUGGAGCCAUAAGGAAGGAGGGGUGGUGCGUGGGAAGGGAGAGAAGCAAGAGCCUAGGGUGGGCAUAAGACAGAAUAGGAUCUACUUGUAGAUCUUUGAGUGAUUUAAAGUUGAUCAGCAAGGAUUUUGCAUUCCCAUUUAACACAAUUGCCCCCAGUUAUAUUGCUGAAAUCAAGAAGGUAUCCUUUUGAUUGCACGUUCAUUGUGAUUUGUGCUCAUGAUGGAGCAGACAUACGCAGUCCCGCUCUCAAUACUUUUUGUUCCUGCAAAAGUUUUAAGGCACUCACAGUUCUUGAAUUCCAAUUAGCGCACAUCCUGUGACUUCCUGCGGAAAUUCUGUAACAAAUAUUCCAGUUUAUUUUUGUCACAUUUUGUUGCAUUAUAUGUCCCUCCAUCAUUGUGCACUUUGGAUGCAUUAUAACACCUAUGGGUAGCAAUCAUGUAGUAGCACUGGGGAAACAUCACAGAAUAAGUAAUGAAGCAGAAUGGAUCCUCUACAAACAAACUAUUAUUCUGUUGAUUGCAUGUUGCAGAAGACACCUGUCAUAAAACACCAGCCCAAAGGGUGAGAAUGUUGAGGGGGGAGGUAACUAGGAGUGCAUUUUUGGGUGGAAGGCUUGUGGGCUUCAUCCCAAAUGGUUACACAAAACAAAUUCCUGGGCUCAGCAUUCUUUCAUUCUAAGUGUAUGUGUUGUGCAACUGGCUCUAGUUGGUGGGUCUUGGGGCUCUAGCAAAUAACUAAAGCAAAGUAGAUCAUUCAGCACUGAAGUCUUCUCAAACCUGCCUGGAAGCAUAAACCAGUAGCUUGGUGAGAAGGCAGCAGGCCAAGGGAAACAGGAGAUGGUGUAGGUUUGAAAAGGAGGGGUGGAUGAGGGGAUCAGGGGAAUGAGGGAAUGAGGCAAAAGCCAGAACAAAGAUGGAAGAGAUGCAUGUGGCCUGAAGCUGAAGAAGUGAGGAAGGGAAAAAUGUAGAUGUUGAUUUCAAAUGACCAGUUUUGUAAUGUCCAAAUCAGAAACCAUGGUUUGUUUUGCUCAAACAUAUCAUGACCGGAAGCCAAGACCUGGAACAAAACAUGCCACAAUCCCAGGUUCAGACAUAGCACUAAAACAGGGAUUGUGAUUUGCAGCUCCUGCUUACACUAGGGAGGAUUGAACCUGGAGGUAACUGUGCAUUUACAAUAAACCAUUAACUAUGUCUUGUCAACAUGGAGUGGCAGGAAAAGGUAAGAGGGACUAUAGAAUGUAGGUAGGUUCAUGUGGAAACAUAUGAUCUUUCAUUUAUCCGAGUCCCAAAGUGUUUGGGGGCUUUAAAUGGCAUCACCAACACCUUGAGGCAGGAAACAAAUUAGGUGCCAAUGUAACUGAAAUAUUGCUUGUCAGAAGACCGGGAUUUCUUCAGCAGCCUCGCAUCUAUAUUGCACCUGACAAUGAUGACUAUUGGUAGUGUACAAAUACCUUUACCCGCCUUGAAAUGUUCUUUUCUGGAUAAAUAUGAGUGCUAUAUUGCUAGUCAUGACACAGCAGCCGUUUCAUCCCAUGUUAAAACUCUUACUUGACAAUAGGGUGGCUCAUGGGAUCUGGCUAUAAGCAUCCCAGACAGAUUGAUAUAUAUAAGGUCUAGAAAUUAUGCAGUUAUACAAAUUACUUUGACUUAAUCUGUCACCAUCACCAUGAUUUCUUUAAAAAGUAUGGGGGAAGGGAUAGAAACUUCUCUCUUUUUCUCAGCCUUUUGCCGUCUCUUCUCCAGUUGCUGCUAUUAAACAGCUGCUUGGGGCAGGGGGGUUACUCUCGUUGUGGGUUUGCUUAUCUUCUGGAUGAAUAAUGUCCCUCUUUAACUCUUCAGCAGCUGGCGUCCAGCCUAUGUGUGAGAAAGAUGCUGACAGUUAUUGGGAAAACAUUUGGAGUGGAGGCAGCUGCCAGAAAAUAAAAAUAAAAAAUACUGUUAGCAGACAAGGGCAGGGAAAGAUUGGAGGUAUUAAUACCUUCCAAAGUUCUUUCACAUCCCAUAUUCCUUAUCUGAAGGAGUUAUCGCUCACCAGGACCGAGGUUUUUGAUAGUUAAAUCACAGGAAAGAUGAAAGCCCUAUUUAAAUUUGUUUUGUUUUUGGUCAUGUAUCAUUCUUAUCUUAAUUUGCCUCCUUUCAUCAUGGCCUUUUAUUGAGUCUAGUUUUAAAGGGGGGGGGACAAAGGUUAGCAUUUGAGGGUCUGAUUCUACUCUUUUGUUCACAUAUGGAACUCCAGAUGACUUUCACUUGAUCCUGGGAAACAAUCCACUUUCCAAGCCCCCUUUUCCCUUCUGGGUCAUUUUUAAUCACACACACACACCUUUCCAAAUAACAUCUGAACUUUAUCCUGAGAUAUAACUGUGAACAGUUGUUAUAAAGAUCUACAUAAAAUCCACUAUGGUGCAUAUAUAUAUAUAUAUAUAUAUAUAUAUAUAUAUAUAUAUAUGGUUCAAAUCCUUGUCCAGCCAUGAAGCUCACUUUGUGACUAGGUUUGCACCAUCUCUCAGCCUAACUUGUUGUGGAGGUAAAAUGAGAGUGUCUUAUGUAUGCUACUUUGGUAUAUAAAGGAGUGGGUGGCACUGUGGUCUAAACUACUGAGCCUCUUGGGCUUGCUGAACAUAAGACCGGCAGUUCAAAUCCACACAACGGGAUGAGCUUCCAUUGCUCUGUCCCAGCUCCUGCCAACCUAGCAGUUCAAAAGCACACCAGUGCAAGUAGAUAAAUAGGUACCGCUGUGGCAAGAAAGUAAACGGCGGUUACUGUGUUCUGGCUUCUGUCACGGUCCUUCAUGCACUAGAAGCAGUUUAGUCAUGCUGGCCACAUGACCUGGAAAGCUGUCUGUGGACAAACACUGGCUCCCUCUGCCUGAAAGCAAGAUGAGUGACACAACCCCAUAGUCACCUUUGACUGGACUUAACCAUCCAGGGGUCCUUUACCUUUUUUCUUUACCUUGAUAUCAAGGAAGGAUUCCCUGGAGAAUCCUGUUUUAUUUGUAUUUAGUGCAUAGAUUUAAGAAAACUACUUAUUCUGCAUGCAAGAAACAAAUAGUAUUUAUACACAAAGAACUGAUAAAAGUCAAAGAAUAUGGUCAAUGUUGAGAACAGGUAUACAAGAGAAAAUUGAGUCACCAUUUUUAAUGGUUUGUUAUAAUGAGGAAAUAGGAGAUACAUCUUUGUUAGACAAUCUAUCAGUAGGUAUAGCAAUGGGCUGAUUAAGAUAAAUAAUGUAUUUGAGGGCAGGAUGUUUAAAAUGUAAAGGGAAAAUAGUGAUGAAAUGGGAGGGCAUCAGCCCCCAAAACAGGUCCAUUUGGGGGUUUGUAAGAAACAAAAUUAAUGUUAUAACCAGAUACAAUUUACUUAGAGACCCACUGCUUAAAUUAUGAUUUACUUACAAACCCACUUGUUAAAUUGUUUGCUUAUGUAAAAAAAAAAAAAGUUUAUUAGAAAAUAUGGAAAUGUUCCCACUGGAAAAAAGAACUCCUAGCAUAAAAGAUUGAAUUUUGAGGAUCUGAGAGCUGGUAAAUAUGAUAAAACUAGAUUGUAGAAUGUGUGUCAUGUAUCUGCACUGUAAGGCACAAGUAGAUAGUCACCUACAUAGCAUAGGAACAUUAUUAGAAAAUAACUUAUUGGUAAUUGUAUUUAUGUUAUAUUUAUAUAAGGGACACAGGUGGCGCUGUGGGUUAAACCACAGAGCCUAGGACUUGCCGAUUAGAAGGUCGGCGGUUCGAAUCCCUGCGACAGAGUGAGCUCCCGUUGUUCGGUCCCUACUAUUGGUAAUAGUAUUUAUGUACAUAAUAUACAUUUCUUUUUAUUUAGAGUUGUACAUAUCAUUUACAUUCAAUUAGAUCUUUUCUGAGAGGAUUUUUGUACAUUCUCACAACCAUUAUCCAUAAUUCCCAACAGGCUUUGGGGAAUGUGCAGAUCUUGACUGAAUUCUGUACAUUCUCUGGCCAAUAUGCAUAAUCUCCAACAGGCCUUCAUGAAUAUGCAUAUCUCAACUGCUUUUGUGUAUUUUUCGGGCAAUAUGCACAUUCUCCAGUCAGUAUGCGUAGUCUCCAUGGAACAUGCUUUCCCCCCUAUCCCUAAUUCAGCAGUUUGCAAUCUGCACUCCCUGACCUGCUUCUGACCCACUGCUUAAUCACACAUGCUUAAUCACACAUGGCCCAUAGCAUACUCUCCCACAGAUCAGUUAAGAAGGGAUGCAGCUCCCCCCCAAAAAGGUUACUUUCCUUCUUCCUUUCUCCUACUUUCCUUCCUUCCUUCUUGAAAGUCCAUUCAGCUGAGCAGCACAAGGGGAAUCACAGGGAGAAGGAAGUUUUAAACCUUCGCCUCCUACCAAAAAAAGAAAAGAAAAAAGAUUGCAGGGGGCUCAAGUUAGGGGGACUAAAGCUAUAAUUUGCAUCUGGGAUACUGUGAAUGUCUCCAAAGCUCAGAAAGUCAGAGACAAGCCUUUGUAUGUCAGAAAAUAUAGAGAGUUGUGGCAGCUGACAAUUUUGGCUGACUACUGUUUGUGAAACUGUGAAUAGUUGACUCAGAUUCACUGUAGUCUUGGGUUUUUAUUUAGCCAUCACAGCAAUUACUUGAACCAGAGAACACUAAGGAUAUUACACCUGAAGUCUCUGUCACAUAUGACUGUAAUAUGAUUUCAGCUAUUUACACUAAAGGGUAAAGCAAUGCUGCCCUGUUACUUCGGCACGACCCAUGUGAAUGACUGUCCAUGAGGUGCAUCGCGGGGUUUGUUCUAAGGUCAUCACUGUUGUUUCCUAUUAGCUCAGGCACACCUGAAAAAGGACAUUCUUUGGGAGAUUAUCGUUCUUCUCAGCUAGCUGAAGUGACAUAUAUGCUGGAUUUAUGCCUCAGAACUUUGCCUGAGGAGGCCAAUAAUACCACAGCAGUGUGCAGCCUGUCACAUCUUAUUGCCUAAUUAUUUAUUCUCCCUGCUUUGCCCUGAGUCCUGAGAAAACAGUUCAGUUCCAAAUCUCCUCUUUAGUCAAAACAUGCUGGUCAGCUGAGCAUGGUGCUUGUCAGGGUUCAAGCCCACAGCAGGUCCUGAACCCAGACAGCCAAACAGGGAUUCUUGAAUGUGGGGACCUCUCUUUUUUGCCUGUGUGAAUAAAUAAAAAUUGUCCAGUAGCACCUUAGAGACCAACUAAGUUUGUUCUGGGUAUAAGCUUUUGGGUAUAAGCUAUUCAGACCUGGUCUGAAUAGAGAUAUUGGAUUCUUGUCUUAUUACAUAUGCUAAAGAUAUUUUUGGUCCCUUGCUUUUUCCUGUAGGACUAAUUGCGGUCAUUAACAAUAGUCAACAGGUUUGCCAUACCCAUUGAGUCAAUCACCCAUCUCCUCCUACCCUUCUGAGAAAACCCCCAUCCCACUGUCCCACUAUAUAUAAGGGUCUGGUGACUUCUGUUUCAGUGUAUCUGAAGAAGUGUGCAUGCACAUGAAAGCUUAUACCCAGAACAAACUUAGCUGGUCUCUAAGGUGCCACUGGACAUUUUUAAAAUUAUUUAAUUAAUUAAUUUAGACUGCGUCACACCAACAUGCCUACCUACCUGAAUCUUGCCUGUGUGAGGCAGUUAUGGGGAACCUCGCCCCGGGCCUAGUUCAGCAUGCUAGGCCUUCCCAUUUGGCCUGAUGUCCUAUAUGGCAGCAACAUUAAGAGCUAACAUUAAUAUCAAAGGACCUAUAAUAAAAGGGAAACAACAGCUAGUUAAUUUGUUGCUGGUUUAAUUUUGUUGAAUGUCUUGAUUGUUACUCAUUUAUUGUUUUUGUAAACCGGUUUGUGUAAUUCGUUUAUUAUAACAAUCAAGCAGUAAAUACAUUUUAUGAAGUGAAAAUAAAUAAGAAACACUGCAAAUCACCCCAAGAUCUAUCAGUAGCUUCUGAUCUAAAUACUGCUCACUCGUGUUCUAAAAUACUCAGGUGUCCCACAACAGAUGUGAAAGUAAUCUCUCGAAGGCGUAUAGCUUUUGCCAGGUGGGGCUAAGCCUCUAUGCUAGGUUCCUGGCAGGUGAGGGCCUGUUGCCUACCAGGAGGGAGAGGGGUGAGGCAGCAGGGGAAUCAGCAGGAAGCAAAUGCACUGGACAACCCACCACCUCACCCAUCUCUCAGUAGGUAAUGGUGACCCACCUGGCGGGAAGCUAGUGCAGUGGCUCUGCCUCACCCCGGACACUGCUUCUGGUUUGUGGGCAUCCUGAAGGCAUGGCUGGCUGCUGUACGAAUCAGGAUACUGGACUGGUUUGAUAUUGGGUCUGAUCCAGCAGAGCUCUUCUUGUGAUGAAAAACUGUGCCUAAAAAGUAAUUCAGGGAAAUGAAAUAAAAGUAAGCCAAUAAAUAUUAAAACACUUUCCCAAGUUUGAACCCAAUUCAUCAGAAAACACCCUGAAUAAUAAACAGCUCCAGUUAUAAAACUGCUUCAAAAUGUUUAGAUUUAAUCUACAAGGGAGGGGAAUUCAAGAGGUGAGAAGCAGUUCUUCCAUACUUGUCUAUUCUGUCCUAGGUAGAUUCAGACCAGCAGCCUUCCCACAAUGGUCUAUUGGUGCUUGAAUUUAACUUCUUUUUGCUUUUAACUUGUUCUUAACUUUUUAUGAUAAAAAGUUUGGGGGGUGUAGAUAGGUAGGUAGGUAGGUAGGAAGGUAGGUAGUUAUAAACUGUUGCGAUGUAUUUUUGUGAUACAGCAGUAUAUAAAUAUUUUCGUUAAUAAAUAAGCAAACCUCAAAAGGAGAACUCUUCUAUCAACUAAGGAGUCUGUGUCUGCAUAUACUCCAUACAUUUAAAGCACAUUUAAGGUACUCCCCCUCCCAAAGAAUUAUGGGAGCUGUAGUUUACUCUUCACAGAUCUAUAACCCCCAGUACCCUUAACAAACAACAGGUUUCGGGGGGUGGGGGUUAUGCUUUAAAUGUAUGGUAUAUAUGCAACCUAUGACAAAACAGACAAUGCUCACUUUGUGUUUUCUAUGGGAAAACAUUCUCUAAUAAGUGAACAUAUGUGUUUAAUGGAUAGAUGUUUUCAUUCAUAAAUGCCAUGUGGUGAUCUUUAAAUUGGUCUCCAGCUUUAAGAAUUCAGCAACUGCUUUUGCUCUGUCAUCUGUGCAGCACAUUGCAAAAAAUUGCCACCAAAUCCAUCCAAAGUUUUCACAUGAGAAUGGCUGGAAAGACCCUUUUCCAUUCCUAAUUUAUUAUCUUUAGUUCUUGUUGUAGAUCAUUCCUGUAUGAGCCUUCCUGUCUGAGCCCAUAAUGGAAACUGUGAGAAAUGUACCUGGAGUCUUCUCAGUUCUGUUUCGUAAAUCCUAAAAUGAAGGAUUUUAUUUAUUGAUGUCUUUAAUAUAAUAACAAUGACUGGUGCUUUUUUGAAAUCUUAGAAUUAUAGGAAGGAAAAGCAUUGGAAGCAAAAAAGAAAGUAAUUGAUAGGAAGUGGAUGACUUGACUGACUUUUAAUAAAUGUCCUCUGAUUAUAUCUUCUAGAUCCUUCAAGCCUGACUUUGUUCUCAUCCGGCAGCAUGCUUACAGCAUGGCACUAGGAGAGGACUUCCGCAGCCUUAUCAUCGGCCUCCAAUAUGGCGGAGUCCACAGUGUCAAUUCUCUUUUCUCCAUCUACAAUUUUUGCAGCAAGCCCUGGGUGGUAGGUGCCGUUCUUAAGCUUCCUUACAUGAAAUGAGAGGAGAGUUGAGGAUCCCCGUACUGCAAGAAGCUCCCAAUUUAAUACUUUGGUUGUUUUGGUAAAUCUAAAUUAUUUUGUUGUUAUUUUGUUUCAAGCACACCAGGUAUGCUGUGAGACUGAGGAUUCUGUGCAACUCAAUACCUAACAGGCCAAAUAGCUGAACUGAGGAAAGCAGGCCUUGGGCUUUUGCUGAGAGAACAUUGUCACAGGCAACUCAGUACUUUAUAAGUGUUGUUUGUCUGGCAUGUGGCAACCACACACUGGAUUUUCCACUGGCCUGGAAUUAAGUAAUAUGGAAGAGUGGAGGAUUGUCAUGUGCGAAUAGUUUACCUGAUAAAGGCUUAGACUUCUGCCACUGAUACAUCCUGCAGGUGUCAGGGUCUGACUAAAACGUUCCAUUCUCUCCAGAGAUCCAUGGGGUGGUAUGCAAAGUACUACAAGGCCAUGGUCCCUUCAGCACAAGUAUUACUGCUUGCGCAAUGGAACUUGCCCCCCCUUUCUUUCCCUUGUGCUCCCCCAAUCCUCCAGAGCAGAUUUUAAAUUCUGAAAAAUGAAUGGAAAGCAGGGAUCACAACACAGUGUGCCAUUUCCCCCUAAUAAAACCAGGAUGGGGGCAGAAAAGCAUGGCUGUUCUUUAUUUGCCAAGUGCAGGAUUUUUGUAUAUUUUAUUACAUUUAUAUCCUGUAUUUCUUCCAUCAUGGGACUCAAGUGAAUGUAGAUAUGGUUGGUUCCCAGGUGGCUACCCAUGUAGGCAAUGAUCAAAGCCAGACUUGCUUAGCUUCAGCAAGGUGGUAGUCCCAGGUGCCUUCACAUUGUCCCCUGGGAUGUGCGGCAUACAAUAUUUGUACUGUGUAAUCAUAAUCAUAAGGUGAUUUAUGGUAUUGGGCUGCCCAGAUUCUUUAAGUCCUGAUGAGCUCAUAGCCUCUACUUUCUUCCACUACUGCUUAAUAAAAUCAAAGAGGUCAAACUGGCAUUGGAAACAGUUUUUGGCUUACUUGAUUGAAUAUGGGUCAGAUAUGCAUUUCAAGCACAACUUACAUUGCUGAGGUCAUCUCUGGCAAGGAAUACAGACCUGAAAUUAUAGCAGACUAUUAAGAAAUUGAGACAGCAAACUUUGGGAAUUAAUAUUACUCUAUUGCAGAUAUGUACUUGGAAUUAGCAAAGCACCCUACCAAUGUUACUUAUUAUGACAAUUAUUUAUAUCCCACCUUCCAGGAUACAUUAAAAUAUGUUCUUUAAAAUGGCAAUAAACAGCAUCAACUUAUUAAAAGCCACCAGGAUCCUUCCCAUGGGGCAGCUGGUGGUAGGAUGGUUGGAAGUUUCAUUUCCCUGAUACCUAUCUAGAUGCUGGUGCUAAAACCAUCAGAUGAUGUUAGCUCACUUAUUGUGGUCACACAAACAUAACAAUUAAUUAAUGAAUUAGUAUAUUUGACUAAGGUAUGCAAAGCAAGCAAGGAAAACAAUUCAGCAAAAGGUUAUUAUUCCCCAUUAACUUGUUUCAGGUGGGCACAAGUACAUUCUAAAGAUGCCCAUUAAAACUAAGGCUUCAGAGUUCAAAGAUAAAGAAGGCUACAAUGUACGCUGACAGAGAGAAGCAGCUGGGAGAGAUAGCAAACUGGUACCACCAUAGAUGGAUAAAUAUUCUCUGUUAAAUGUUGUUUUCUCUGCUGGCCCUCCAGAGACAGUGAAAGUUUAAUUACCUUUCCUUAUUUUUCUUUCUUUAUAUCUUUUUUUCCAAAGCGAAGUAGGAAAGCUACUAUAGGUCAUCCAUGUGAAGUGCAUUUCAUACCCCAUUCUUGGUAUGUGGUAGCAUGCAUUCCAGUGCAGGCUAAAAGCAUUUACAAAUACAUAAUAUAUAAAUGAUAUGCUGUGAGGUCCUCCUCUAUCAGCCUAUUUGCUCUCUUAGAUCUCUUGGAGAGGCCUUUCUCAGUGAAGCAUAAUGGAGUCAGAAUGAAAAAGAGAGGGCCUUCUCUACCUGUGCCCAGGUUGUGAGCAGUGCAACGCAGCUGCCAUGAGCAAUGCGAAUGCAUUUGAAAAGCAGGGUAUACGUUUUGGAAGCAAAUAAAUAAACAUUUUUGUGUGUGCUGCUGCUUUGUACAAGUUUGGGACCAGGGACUGGCAUAACCUGGUGAAGGAAUGGCAGAUUGCCCCCAUGUGAACUGCGGCAUGCAUAUAAAAGAUAGAUCACACAUGUUUUUAUAUUUGAAUGUGCUACAUAAUUGUACAGUGACUAACAUACACUCCUCUUUUGCUUGUUGUGUCUAUCCUCUCUCUCUCAUAUACACACACUUAAACACACAGCUGUAACUUCUUAUGUUUGCUCACUGAGCUAGUCAAAACAGUUUCAUUUUGCUUUUCUCAUCAGAUGUUCAGGGUUAGUGUAAGUAGUUAAGAGAGGCAAUUUCGCUUCUUUAUGCUGGGUCAACAACCUGUGUUGCCAACAAUAAUUGCAGGGGGAAAUGGCAGGCUAUUUUAUUUAUCUGCAUGCACUGAUCUCUGACUGGGCUUGCUGGUGACUUUUUACACUGUCACAUGCUGUUGGAAGAUUUCUGGAUUUUCUCAAAUAUUUAAUUUCCCCCCUGAAGGAAUAGUUUUGUUUAUUUAGACAAAUGGUGAAGACCAGCAAUAUCUGAGAGGCAUACAACCAUGCCAUAUAAUUUUUGCACUUCUUUGGGGUCGAAGAGUAUGUGCACUUUAAUUUUCUAAGAAGCACCCUAAGUUAAAAGGCCUUUCAUUAUGACAGGUGGAUUUUUUUGGAGCACAAGUGGGAGAGGAAAGCAAUGCUCCUCCUGCUGCUGCCCAUAAUUGGCCUCUAAAUUUUUGCCCUUUGCAAAGUAUUGUUCCCAAAUGAACUUUACUUUUAUCUGUAGGAUCCAUUCACUGGGGAGCUUGUCAAGGAGUAUGCCUUGACAUUGGGGGGGGGGGGCAUAAAUUUGCUCCUGGAAUUGCCAGUGUCUAUUGUGAAUAUUUGGUUUUGUGCAUCUCAGUUAUGUCCCAAGUUGUCCCAAGGUUGUGCUUCCGCAUAGAACCCAGUAGGAGUGGUUUAGGAAUCGUUAUGUCCCUACUGCAGGUUCCAUUUCUUGCUCUUGCUCUUGCUCUUUGGGGCAGAAGAUGAUGACCUUGGGCAGGACAACAGUGCUGGAUUUAGGGUGGUGUGGGCAGUUCCCCAUAGGGUGCUGAGAUGAGGGGGCACAAAAUAAUAAUAAUAUUCAGAAUAUCCAUUUUAAAAGCAAAUGUACCAAAAGAAGUUAUUGUAAAAAUAAGAAAUAGGAGGGGAGCAGAUUUUGUCCUUGCUCAGGUUGCCAUAUUACCAAAGUCCACCCCUGAGGAUAGGAAUUGUUAUAUGUAUGUGCUUGUUAAGUUACAUGAAUCCUCUUUCUUUCCAUUUUAGUUCUCUCAGCUAAUUAAAAUCUUCAACUCUCUGGGUCCUGAGAAGUUCCCUCUUGUGGAGCAAACCUUCUUUCCAAGCCAUAAACAGAUGGUAAGUACCUUGGGUUUAUUUUCUUCGAUGGUGUGCUAUGAUAUAUAGAGAAUGGGACUGUGACUCUGGAGAGAACAAGUAAACUAUUCUGUGGGCACUUCCAGACUAAUGUUUUAUUAUGGGCGUACUCUGCAACAUGUUCUUGAGACAAGAAGAGUGGAUUUGUGGUGAAUUUAUUCCACUUUAGUGUUUUUGUGUGUGAUGGUUCCCUGAUACUACCACGUUAUUGAACGCGGGUUCACGUAUGACUAUCCAAUAGCAUCAUGAACACAAAUCAUAAUGAAUGCACAAUAAAAAGCAUGUCUGGAGGGGCCCAGUGACACCUAACAGAAAAGCAGCAGCAAUGUGAUGGCAUUGUUUAAAUGUCCCAUUCCCAUUUUUUCCCUAGUUCUGGGAGGAGGACAUUAGAAAAGUGAAGUAG